AUGGAAAUCGAUUUAUCAAACCGAGAAAAAGCUACCCGAUCAUGUAGUUUUAUCAAGGCCAAGGUGGUGGAAAUUGCAGAGAAAACCAAGAAGAUCGGCCAAGAUGAUCCGAGGAGAAUUACACACUCUGCAAAAGUGGGAUUAGCUCUCACAUUAGUGUCCUUUUUCUACUAUUUCAGGCCUCUCUAUGAUGGCUUUGGACAAGCUGGAAUGUGGGCAAUUUUAACAGUUGUGGUUGUUUUUGAAUACACAGUUGGUGGAACCAUAUCAAAGUGCCUUAACAGAGGUUUUGCAACAUUGCUAGCAGGUGCUUUAGGUAUUGGAGCUGAAUACUUGGCCACCCUCUGUGGAGAGAAAGGAGAGCCUGUUCUUCUAGGCAUUCUAGUGUUCAUUUUAGAUGAAUUGUUUUCAAAAUCUCUAAAUGCAGCAGCAGCAUCAACAUUUAUGAGGUUUUUUCCAAAUAUCAAGAGGAGGUAUGACUAUGGAGUCUUGAUAUUCAUACUCACGUUCUCACUGGUGGCUGUAUCGGGCUAUCGAGUAGACCAAAUUAUCCAGCUUGCUCACCAAAGGUUGUCCACAAUUCUCGUUGGUGCCACAACCUGUAUUGUGAUCUCCAUAUUCAUAUGUCCGGUUUGGGCAGGUCAAGAUUUGCAUAAUCUGGCUGCCGCAAAUAUAGAAAAACUUGCUAGCUUCUUAGAAGGUUUUGGAGAUGAAUUUUCUAGGUUUCUUGGAGAUGAAGGUAGUGUAGUUGCCUCCAAAAAUGACAAGUCUUUUCUUCAAGGAUAUAAAAGCGUGCUGAAUGCAAAGGCCACUGAAGAAUCCUUGGCAAAUUUGGCAUGCUGGGAGCCUGGCCAUGGUCGCUUUAAGUUUCAUCAUCCAUGGAAACAAUACUUGAAGAUUGGUGUCCUUGCUAGAAAAUGUGCCUGCCAUAUUGAAGCACUCAGUGGCUACGUAAACUCGAGAACUCAGGUUUCAUCAGAAUUUUACAUAAAGAUUCAUCAACCUUGUAUAAUCAUAAGCUUAGAAUCUGGCAAGGCUUUAAAAGAUUUAGCCGCUGCAAUUAAGAACAUGGUACAUCCAUGUGACGCUGAAACCCACGUAAAGAAUUCCAAAGCAGCAGCUAAUGAACUCAAAAGCAUUAUCGAAAGCUCUUCGUCACUAGCCACAGAAGACCUUCAAGAAAUCAUGCCCACACUUGUUGUUUCAUCGGUACUAAUAGACAUCAUCAAAUGUGUCGAGAAAAUUUCAGAGUCCAUUCAUGAACUCUCCAAGAAGGCACUUUUCAAGAAGGCCAAUUCAACUGUAACACCAGAGAAACAACAGCAAAAGCAAUUGCUUCACUUUGGAAUUGUGAAACCUAUUAAUGAUACUGAUUGUGAUCAUGUUGUAAUUGAGAUAAAUGGCACAAGUGAGGAUAACUCGUCUGCACGACCAACAAAUAAAGAUGAAGCCGUGCAUAUGUAA